ACAGUAGACACAGUGUGUUUCAGUUCAGCACUUGGACAACAAUAACAUUGUAACCGAAUCUCCGCAGGUUUGCAAUUUGCACGGUACUCAUCAUUUUUUCGACGUAAUUUCUUCCAACUUUGGUUAAACUUUGAAAUUUUUAGUCAAUUGGUGCUAAAUAUUAAAGAAAAUCUUGCUUUAAGUAUUUGCACGAUAUAAUAGUCAUUAAAUAGUCAAAUCUCGCUGGAAAUUUUGAAAUCGGAAAAUUUCGUCAUUCGUGUCUCCAUAUUUUUCGCCUUAUCAGACAAUUGUGUCAAAUUCGAGCCCUGACUGAUUUUUACAGCGUAUUUAGUUUGUUUAAUUUACCUGUCGCAACAUUUGUCCCAACAUUUAACCAACGAUAAGGUUGUCUGCCAAUUCACCAUCUCUCCGACGACGACAUCUCUUCGUCAUUUGUAGCCCACUUGUUUCUUGUCCCGAUGACCUUUCGACCCCUGUUCCAACUCUGCACUUCCUUCGCCUGAUUUCAGAUUCCAUCCGCGACUCGUCCACUUCGAACAGGUCACGAACUACUGCAGUUUUUGCAUAGCAAUCAAUCGUCACCCCCCGGAUCUGGGACCCCAUCCGAAAACGGGGGCAGGACAGACAACCAUGAAAAAACUGACAACAAUACAACAACUUCUACACCUAUUUUAACCUAUCGUCCACCUUGUGAAAUAUCAAUAUCGCCCUCCAGAUAAGAAGAACACCCGGACGAGAAGAAUAUUAAUCACAAUUUUUAAAAAAUGGCUGCUAAAUGAUGUUUAUGAUGGAUGGAUAAUUAUGAUGAUGACCACCAUACUCGUAACUAACUACUACGCUACGGCUACUUACUACUCAACUUAGUAAAACUUAACUGAAAAAAGAACGCAAUAAAAGAAGGUGAUGCUGCAAGAAACGGCUCAGUCUACGUCGUCCUCUCCUCCCGCAGCAACGUCCACGAUAAGCAGCAUCCUCCUCACGGCAAAGCAGAAAGAAGUGUCAUCGUCUCAGAAAGUGUCAAAUAGUCAAAGUAGUGACAAGAGUGAUAGCAAAAAUCGUGAUAUUAAUUGUAGCGCCCCCACUGUAGCUAAUAAAAAGAGUGACCACUCUUUCUUCUCUUCGGACCCGAGCGAUUCUAAAUUUUUAAAUAUCGACGCAUAUUCAGACACAAGUCGAGCCACGGAAUCCAAAUCCACGUCGUCUUCUUCUCAAGCGGAAACGGGGCAAAGUACGAUAAGCUCCGAACAAAAGUCAGGCUCAUUUAUGGACUUGCACACUCUUCAUCCCAUCUUUAAAUCUUUUCUCAUCGGGUCCGUAUCAGGAACAUGUUCGACCGUUCUUUUCCAACCGUUGGAUCUGCUAAAGACGCGACUUCAGCAAGCGCCCAGCCCAGCACAACUCAGAUCUUUCAGUCCGACGGUCCCCUUUUCGGCCGCGACCACACCCAUCUCGAUGGUCUCAAUAGUCUCACAAAUCCUCCGGAAUGAGAAUCUCUUCUCGCUGUGGCGUGGCAUGACUCCGUCGCUGACCAGAUGCGUGCCCGGAGUGGGACUAUACUUCGCCACGAUUCACGGUCUUAAGGGCGCCUUUAACAUUACGGGCGAGCCUACAGCCAUGGAGUCACUCCUUUUGGGGAUGACGGGACGCUCCUUCAGCGGCGUGUUGAUGAUCCCGUUCACCGUGAUCAAAACGAGGUUCGAGAGUAAAGUCUACCAAUAUUCUAGUAUUCGAGAAGCCUGGAGGUGCAUUUAUGCGCAAGAAGGGGUCCGCGGACUUACGUGUGGUCUGGUCCCGACGCUUUUGAGGGACGCUCCCUUCUCCGGGCUUUAUCUCAUGAUGUACACUUCCACCAAGAAGGCUAUCGGUCCCGAGUGGAUGUCCGACCCCACGUUUGGUCCGUAUGUCCGCUUUUCCGCUGGGAUCGUGGCUGGCGUGGGUGCUUCGCUGGUCACGCAACCCUUCGACGUUAUCAAGACAAAGAUGCAACUCUACCCGGACAAGUUUACUUCGGUGAGGCAUGUGGUUCCGUACGUAUUCCAGAGGUACGGAAUCCAAGGAUAUUUUAAAGGAAUCAUGCCCAGGAUGAUAAGAAGAACGUUGAUCGCAGCAAUGUCAUGGACCCUUUAUGAACAACUUAUCCACAGUUUGGGACUUAAGUAAGAAAAGGAAAUUAGAAAUUGGACUCUAAGAACCCCACCGUUUUUUAAUGAAAUCAAACCUCGUCUGGAUACGAGUUGAAUAAUAAUGGUUACGUUUUCGGACUGGAUCUGGACCCUGAUACAUAAAUAACUGAAUCGCAGCAGCUACGUACAUACGUUAACUCGGAUUUAAUUAAUUAUUAAUUACUGCUUUUUUUACUAAUUACGGAUAAGUAAUUAUUUAUUUAAGGGAUGAUUAACGAGAGAUUAUUAUUUUAUUAAGUAACUAACUAGUGCAACUAUACAUGAUAAUGAUCGAGUCGGUUUUAACUUAAUUAUAGUUUCGCUGACUUUUUAACUAUGAUGGGUAUAUAUUUUCGCACAUUAUUAUUAAGUUUUUGGUUAGUCAACCUAUUUAUGUCCUUAAUUAGUUCAUCCACGGAACUUGUAAAGUAGUCAGACAGGAACUGUGUCAUUUUUUGUGGCAUGCGAGCACUAUCGUGAGUUUUAAAGAAAAAAUACGUACAAAAACAGGUGCCUACGUACAAUAGUGACGUUUAUAUUUUACUUGGGAUGUUAAAAGUAUGUAAUUUACAUAAGUCCUUUGGAGAAUAAUGUAUGCAUUAUUCUAAAUAACCAGUAAUUAAUGAAUAGUCGGUGCAGGUCAUCACUAUUUUAAUAAAACAAUCACUAUAUAAAUACAACGUAUAUACGUACAUGCCCAGCUACCUACGUCAUGAAAUUUUGAAACAUUUGUAUAUCUGUGCUUAUAUUAUGCAUACGUCACUUACACUAUUUAAUGAAAUAAAAAGGUCAAGUAUAUUUAUUACAUUGGCGUCAUUUACAUAA